AUGCUACCCGAAGGUUGCACGAGGGCUGAGAUACUGCCAGUUUGCCCAAGCCUAGUCAGGGGAAGUCGAGAGGUAGAGGUCGGAUUCGAACCACGGACCUUCCGGUCAUUGCUUCUCCGUCGAUCAUCGAAACUCCCUCCAACCACCACAACCGCUAUUGUCCGUGUCGUUUGGUCUCACAUCGCUGUAUUGAGCUGCCAAUGUUUGCCAUCAACACUGUGUUCUUCAAAUCAGUCGAUAUCCGGCUCGCAGUCUGAUUCAUGUUCUGAUUUUUCGUCCUCUGGUUUGUCAUCGUCAGAGGAUAGCUCCAGGCCGGCGGAAUCAGAAGUACAACAAGACACAAAUGAUAUUACUCAUUUCACUGCUUCUCUCAGGAACAGUUCAUCUCAGGAUGUCUCAAAUGUGUUUCAUCUUUUUCCAUCGGACUUUGAUUCCCGAAGGACAACAACCGAUGCCAUGGAAUCCAUAGCAAGUGGUUUGUUAAUUGCGGCUGGGCCACCCGCUACAGAAACCCUGGGAGAUACACCGUGCAAAGGCACGACCAUGCGAACUUCACAUACCAAGCGCGUCAGAGGGCGCUUUGUGAAUCCUGAUCCGCCUGUGAUCAAAUCGAGUGUGAGGAGAGGUCCCAACAGUCAGCUCAAGGCUUACGCGUUGGCAGUCUUCUGCACCAGGCGUCUUCUGGACACUUGCCGUACCCAAAUCACUCUGGAUGUUUGGCCAACUCUCAUGUGUGGUGAGCAAUCACAUUCCAUCUCAGGCUCGCAUCUGCGUGGACAGCUACAUGAGGCGUUGCAUGGAUGUUGUCUAACAACGCCAUACAAUGUAUCCGGUGCAGCCAGAACUGGUGCCUCACCACCCGCACCUGACUUGCUGAGUUUGAUCCAUCGUACUGCAGACAAGGGCAUUCGCCAGAUGCUCAUCGAUAUUCUCAUCUACUUAUUGUCCAGUGUCGGUAGACGCUUUGUGAUGGCCGAGGAUCUUACUCCACACUCUGGGUCCUUUGUUCCCUAUUCCGUUCGGCUGGCUGUGGAACUGCGGCAUUUACAUCAACGAAUUUUGCUAGCAUUGUCAAACGAGACGCGACUCGGAUUGCAGGCAUUGCUUCUAAAAGCCCUCACGACGCUGGUACUCAUCACACCGUACCAACGUCUCCAGCCGGGUCUUCUGACGAGCCUGUUACCGGCUUUACGUCAACUUCUCCAUCGUACCAGCGCCGAUACUCGCGUGGUCGAUUUGCGUGCUGGUUGCCUCAAUUUGCUUGCCAAUAUUGUUGGAAAGGUGCCGGGUCCUUUGCUUGAAGUGUGCCAAAUACUUUCGCCGGCCGUCCAAUCAGAUAGCGAUGGAACUGAGGCUUCAGCACAUCCACGUUCGACGUACCAAAAAGGAACUGGGCUGUCCUCGGCUUCCGUUCAUCCGUCUGCCAAUCAAUUCCGACCUCCGAACUGCUGGUCUCCGACGUACAGUCGAGAUACUUUCACGCCUUGCUGGCUUGUUCAGGUAUGCCUCCGUCUGAUUCACCCAGACGUAUCCACAUUCGCCUGGGACUCGCGCUAUUCCGAGUCGAUCGCGGACACAUUGUCGCCUGAUCAACCACUUCAGGUCCGAAUUCAAGCUCUGUCAGUCCUUCGUGAAAUGGUUCCCAGUUACGCCGGUUUCCUUCGCCCCUGUUUGCCUGUCAUCCAGAAGACCCUGUUAUUCUGUCUAAAGAAUGGACCUAUAAAUAAUAAUCAUCGUUCAGCUGUAACACCCUUCCGGUGCCUAGCUGCCAUGCUACCCGAAGGUUGCACGAGGGCUGGAAUACUGCCAGGUUGCCCAAGCCUAGACAGCGGAAGUCGAGAGGCAGAGGUCGGGUUCGAACCACGGGCAUUCCGGUCAGUAAAUUCUCGCUCUAACCACUUGGGCCAUCUCGCCCCCAGAGAUUGGACCGGUUCUACUGGACACAAGUUUUUGGUUCGAACCCAACUUCAGCAUCCCGACUGCUUGUGUCUAGGCUUUGGAAACCUGACAUACCAUCAGGUAAGCUAUGCUAUCGUUGAAGAAUGUGUAGUCUGGUAUAGUUUGGGGCGAGAUGGCCCAAGUUGUAAGAGCGAGAAUUUACUGACCGGAAGGUCCAUAGUUCGAGUCCCACCUCCGCCUCUCGACUUCCCCUGUCUAGGCUUGGGCAACCUGGCAGUAUCCCAGCCCUCGUGCUUCCUUCGGGUGGCAUGGGAGCUAGGCACCGGAAGAGUGCUACAGCUGAACCCUUUUUUCCUAUACUUUGACCUACCCGAAAACAAACCGUUAUGGGGACCGACACUGAGGUUUCUCGACGUUUUUCUGCCGCACCUGGCUAACGCCACAAACGAAGGUCCCGAUGGUUCCGUAUACGUGUACGAUGACUGUGUUUUGACCUCGUGGUGGGAAAAUUUUGUCCCGCCAAUCUUACGAAUUCUCCAAUGCUCGGAGGAUACUUCGGAUCGACUCUGGUGCUGUCGUUUAUUUACCGCCUGGACCGAACGGGUGGUCUCUUUGUUAAGCAGAGAUGAGCUUGAAAAAUCGCUGUUCUCCAGAUCAAUCUUGUCACUGAAGUCCACCGGUGAAUCCGAGAUAGAUAUAUGUAGUUCGCGUGCGAUCCGGACUCUUGCAGCACUUCUAUCUUUCAAUCCGUUGAGCGAAGACCUCGAACUCUGUUGUUACAUACUCGUCUCGGCUGAACGCCUAUGGCAAAGAGCACAGUGCUUUGCUGCCGGACUGGAUAUUGCAGCUGCAUUAGCCAGUGCCCUGGAAAUGGUGGCCAUUCGUGAAGAGUCUGUUCAAAAUGGCGAUCAUCCAACUUGUUGGAUGGACAUCGGUGAACGAAUGGGAGAAAAUGGUGUUGUUUGGUCAAGGAUUAUGCUUGAUGAUCUUGCAUCUCCUGAUUCGUCCAAGUUCAGCAAAGCCACCAGUCAGACGGUGGCCAAUCUGAUCAACGUUGGCUGCUCGGAUCCGGAACAAGUUAGGAAUCCAGAUGCUCGUCGAUGUGAAUACGGAUCAAAAGCUUUAGGUUAUAUAUUGCGCUUGUUGUCCCCAGGAUUGUUGGAUCGUCCUGAAACGUUGGAAAUGAUUAUAAGGUCCAUGUGCACUGCCAUGACAACCGACAAAGUAUGCAGCUCGGAAAAGAUCCGAUGGAAUGCCAAUUAUGCCGCAGGCCACCUGUUUCGAAAUCGGUACUUAUGGUCCCAGCUUGCUGACCCCAUGGUCGCUUCUGCAGACCCUGUUUUGUCGACGGAAGCCGUGCGUCUUUAUGGGAUGGUUGUUGAGCACCUUGUUCAGACAUUUUCAAAUGACAGAUAUUUCAAGGCUCGUGCUUAUGCCGCCAACUCAUUACUGUGCCUUUUUCAACAACCAAAGUACCAACGACAGGCAGAAAGUAAUCAGCAAGAACAAUGGGAGCCAGUUAAUCUCCUUACAAUCCUUAAUACUGUACGUAUGACUGAUCAAUGCUCGUUGAAACAAACACUGGAAUGGUCCAUUCUGGAUGCUUCGUUCGACGUCUUGGAGAACGUUGAGGAAUGCGAAUUCGAAACGCCAUCAUCCGGUCAGUUUGAACCCCGGCUGGUGGGAUCAUUUCCAUCGCCGGUUGCUCAUCUCAGCGAAAACCAAUAUCGUCAACAGUGUGUGCACUCCUCAGUAGUGCUCACUUUUUGCUCUUUGACUACUCUGUUAUCCCUAGCUUUGACUCGCAGAGAACAUUCCAACAACUUUAUCGACUGGGCCUCAGAGCUUAACGCUCUUUUGGGGAGCUGGCUGACCGAAAAUAUACGAAGAAAGUUGACGAGUUUGUUUGAUAAACUUCAUUCGACUCCGGAGUACCAAUUAUCUCUUUCUAAUCCAAAUGAAUGCGGUGCCGUCAUGGCCGAUGCGAGCCGUACAAUCUGGAGUUCUGGGGACUCCAUUCGAUUGUUUGAUGUCUCGGAUCGAGUCGGUCGACUGCGUCUGGUUGUUGACCUCUUCCAGUCGCAGGCGUCCAUCUUUCUCCAGACCCUCGAUUCUCUCAUUCAGCCUUUUCCAAUGCAGCAUUUUUCUUUUCUCUGCUCCAUUCUGAGCCCACCAACACAUUCAUCACCGGUACACUUUCAUCGCAGAAACUCAUUUGAAAAAAGCAUCUCACCACAGGCGCAAAUCACCCAAGAUAAUACGUAUGCUUUCCGACAAAUCUAUGACUAA